AUGCAAGCAUGGCAACUCGCCGCUCCAGGCACCAUCGAAGAGACGCUCAAACUCAUCGAUAAUGCAGCUAAGCCAGCGCUGCCCCUCCACAAGGGCCAGAUCCUCGUCGAGGUCGUCAGCGCGGGCCUCAAUCCCGCGGACUACAAGACGGUCGAGAUGGGCUUCUUCUCCAGGGCCAUCCUGUCCUUUCCCAAGACGCCCGGCAUGGACCUCAGCGGCCGCGUCGUCGCGACGGCAGAUGACGUCGAGGAUGUCAAGGCCGGAGACGUCGUGCUGGUCCGCCUGGAUCCUACAAAGGCGCCUGGCGCGCUGUCUCAGUAUGUCGUCGCCGAGCGCGACGGGUAUGCCGUCUUGCCGGCGGAUUUCGAUCUGGAUGUCGCUGCGGGCGCGCCGACGACUGCGAUGACGGCAUAUCAGACGAUCAAGCCAUAUGUCGAGAAAGGCUCCAAGAUCUUUAUCAAUGGCGGAUCGGGAGGCGUGGGGACGUUUGGCAUUCAGAUUGGAAAGGCUCUCGGAUGUCACGUCGCCGUCUCCUGCUCCACGAAGAAAAAGGAGCUCUGCGAGAAACUGGGGGCCGAUGAGAUCUUCGACUACAAGGCCGGCGACUUGGUUACGCAGCUCAAGCAGAGCGGUCAAGUCUUUGACCUCAUCGUCGACAACGUCGGCUCGUCCCUCCCAGGUCUCUACCAGCAGUCGAAACAUUAUCUCAAGUCGGGCGGAGCCUACGUGCUAGUGGGCGGUUCAGCAUCUCUGAGCAGUAUCAAAGGCGUUACCAUGGCGAAAUUCGUCCCUUCGUUCUUGGGUGGAGGGAGGAACAAGCUCGUCACGUACAUGACGUCGAAUAACCACGAUGAUCUGGCGCAGAUUGCACAGUGGCUUGGCGAAGGGGCGAUUAAGACGAUUAUUGAUGCGACGUUUGAGUUUGACGAGGCUGCGCAGGCUUAUGCGCAUCUGAAGAAGGGGUCGAGUGGUGGCAAGGUCAUUGUUCACGUCUCGAAGAAGACCUGA